AUGGAGUCCUUGUCUUCCAAAAUGAACCAAGGUCAAAAGAGCAAUGAGAAAGAAGAGAAUAUGUUUGAAACAAAAAGCCCCAACAUAUACACAGAGAUCAUGUCAACCAUCCCAGGAAGAAAGGGUUGUUGGCCGGUAGAUCUCUACCAGUAUGAAGGUUUUUGGUACGGUCGAUAUACCAUAGAAGGAAUAUUGUCGACUCAAGACCACUUCAAACCUCAACCCAACAGCGUGAUCUUGAGUAGUGCUCCCAAAUCUGGCACAACUUGGUUGAAGGCUCUGAGUUUUUCCAUUAUGACACGAUCCCAUUUUGAUGAGUCUACAAACCCUUUACUCACCAAAAUAUCACAUGAUUUGGUACCCUUCAUAGAGUACCAAUUUCUUUCAAACUCACAAACUCUGGAUCUCAAUGUUCCACUUUCUGCUACACACAUUUCCUACACUUCCUUACCAAAAUCCAUUAUAAAUUCUGGUUGUAAGAUUGUUUACAUAUGCAGGGAUCCAAAGGAUGUAUUUGUAUCUCUAUGGCACCAUUCUCAAAAGUCAGUUACUAAGGCCAGGGAAGAUCUUCAUUUGGAGAAUGCAUUUAUGUACUUUUGUGAAGGAUUAUCUUCUUCUGGACCAUAUUGGGACCAUGUAUUGGGGUAUUGGAGAGCUAGUUUGGAAUCACCGGAAAGGAUAUUAUUUUUGAAGUAUGAAGAUUUGAUGAAUGAUGCUGUAUAUUGGGUGAAGAAAAUGGCUCAGUUCAUGGGUUACCCUUUCUCCUUUGAGGAAGAAGAUAAAGGUGUAGUGCAAAAAAUAAUAAACCUAUGUAGUUUUGAGAACAUGUCAAGUUUGGAGGUGAAUAAAAGUGGGAUCGCGGAAAUUCAACUAAAAGAUAUGGUGAUUAGAAACAACAUAUUUUUUAGGAAAGGUAAAAUUAGAGAUUGGAAGAAUCAUCUUACAGUUGAAAUGGCAAUGCAACUUGAUCAAAUAACCAAGCAAAAGCUCAACGGUUCUGGGUUGACUUUGCAUGCUGCAUGA